AUGGUACUACUGCAUCCACGAGACGACUUGAAACCUCUCGAAGCUCUUCUUGUUCUUCCUAAGAAGCUCAUGCUUUGGAAUCUCACAGAGCCCGCCAACGGGAUACCUCAAUCUGGUUACAUGUACAUACAUCGCUUCUCAGAAACAAACUGACCAAACUCUCCCGCAUCCAUUUCAUAGCAUGAGAAAAGUCAUAUUGAUUAUUUUGGGGAACGAACAAGAAUUAAUGGGUACCAUUUUGACACCUGUGGAAAGAUGA